AUGCCACCAAACGUCUCCAUUAGCGACGACAGUUGCACACUCGACACACACGGCAAGAGCAAGUGGAAACGACAGUCAUCACCCGCGGCUGACAUGGAACCUGCAUCCCCUCAACGCACGCAUAUGCCGUCGAAACGGCAGAGACUUGAUUCCAAUGAUCAGAAAGAAAAGUCCACCCGCGUUUCAGACACCCUUUUAAAGGCACUAGGGUGCGAGGAGCUCUCGUCGAUACACCCUACAGCAUAUGUACAAGACAACCGCAUUGUUAUCCCGUCUGUGUCCGCAGAAAUGUACAGAUCUGCUCGGGAGCAAGUCUUUGCCGCUACCGGGUCGAAACGCAUCCGUCUUGAACACUUCAGCUCCAGAACUAAAAGCGAGCUUGUCAUCACAAUGCCAACGCAGAUACACGAAAUGAUGAAGGCAUUCGCCACGGAAAUAAAAGCCCAAAUGUUCGUGCCAGAUUCCGACACUAGCCAAGCAUUCAUGCCUCCCUCGUGGAGGGAACAACGAGUUUUAGAGACAGGAUCAUUCAGUCUACGCCACGGCAGUCACACAAGCCAAUUCGAACCCGAUGCGUCUCUAGCGUUCGAGCCCAAAAACCCAUUUCUAGUGCUGGAGGUGGCGAUCACACAGGAUGCCAAAUCGGUCAAAAGAAAGGCCAGGCAUUAUAUCACGGGCUCUCGUGGAAAGAUUGCCUAUGUCGUGGUGAUUACAGUGCGUCGAAUGAAGAAUCAAAUGGUUGAGCAAGGCGGAGGUCAGAGCAACAAAGACGGGACUUUGGAAAGCAAGGACGACCUGAGAAAUGAAGCCUCCGAUACGACGCGGACAGACAUUCCUGGAGAUGCCAAUCAACAUGGGAACGACGGUCAAAGAGAAGAAACUGAAAGUAUGACCUCGACACUAACGGAUCCUCCGUCUGACUUGUCCCAAUGGGAUGUAUUCCCCCCACAGAGCCCAUCAGAGGACCAAGCUAGCCCCCGCAGCACAGGCUUGGGUAACGCAACCACCUCAAGCGUCUCCAUUCCACCCUUGCUGUACAGAGUCCUUGACACUAACGAUGUUCUCAACACCAACGACUCAGUGUAUGCCAGUGUCUUUAAAUCCGUUUCCAUCUCUUCCCCAACCGUCGACUCCACCCAGCAAGUAAGACGCGUUAUGCAGCCUCUUAUUGAAGAAGUUGAAGUAUACCCGCGUCCCACAGCCGCUUCAUUUAGUAUCUCCUGGUCUGAUAUCGCAAAGUCUGCGCCCAGGGGCGCCGGGGAAAGUGUGCAUAUCAACCUAGAGCCGCUGAGUCGUUUGGCGCAGGUCAUGGCUGGACACGUCGAGGGGAGCGAUGACGGAUUCAGCGCUCUCUCAAGCUAA